AUGACAGGGCUAGCUCUCAACCCAUUAGAUUACAUCCCCUCAUCCUCUUCAUCCUCCUACACAACAAGAAAAUGCGCAUGGGUAGUAUUCCUCCUCACUACCCCAUCUUACCUACCAGGUAUCCUCGUCUUAGCUUAUACUCUUAGGAAGUACAACUCCAAUUACCCUCUGAUCGUCGCUAUAAACCCCUCCAUCGCAGCCGAAACGAUCAAGGUUUUGCAAGAAUAUGAAUUGGAAGUCAGGAUGGUACAGCCUUUAGUGCCCCGGGGUCAGAUCACGUUGAUUGCAGAGAGGUUCGUGGACACUUGGACGAAAGCUGCUGUAUUUGGAUUUGACGAUUACGAUAGAGUGUGUUUGAUCGAUGGAGAUAUGAUGCUCAAACGAAAUAUGGAUGAGAUAUUUGAUAUACCCCUCAAGGAAGAUCAGAUAGCAGCUACGUUUGCUUGUAUUUGUAAUUUGGAUAGAUCAUCUUGGGCACCUGCUGAAUGGACAAGAGACAACUGCGGUUUUACCCCCUCUCACGGAUCCGAUUCAAUAACUCACCCAGGUCCAGCUCAACCUACAGGGACUCAUUCUCUGCUUAAUUCGGGUCUUGUCGUCCUCACCCCCUCACAGAACGUCUUACAGAGGAUAUACGCAUUAGUCGAAUCGGGUGAUAAAAAUGAUCAAGAGAGAAUUAGAGAAUGGUCUUUUCCGGAUCAGGAUCUAUUCGAUGAUUUAUUUAGAGGUGAAUGGAUUAGUAUCCCUUGGAUAUACAAUGCUAUCAAAACGAUGAGAUACUGGCAUGGUAAUUUCUACACAGAUCAUGAUGUUAGGAAUUUACAUUAUAUCUGCAAGAAACCAUGGAAAUACCGUCCGAAAUACAAUACACCGGAGGAAUAUGAGAGGACGGGAAAUGUAUAUAAAGUAGAAGCUGGAGAAUAUGCCCAGGUGAAAGAUAAUGAUGUAGGGUUGAAUGAGAGGGAGGCGGAUGCGGUCACUCAUGGGUGGUGGUGGGAGGAAUAUGAGUGUAUGUUAGGGCAGAUGAGGAAAAAUGGUUAUGGAUGGUGUGAGUUCGUAGAUAAUCUGACGGAUCGGGGUCAAAGUUGA